CCAGCACCGCCAGAAAUUGGUAUCUUUCCGAAUUUUAAGAAUGGGCGAUAAAGAAGUUGUGGAAGGCUUUCCAGAGUGCUGGACGCCAGAUAUUGUGGUAGGAAUAGAUUUUGGGAUGACCUAUACAGGGGUCGCGUAUUCCUGUGGCCCAGAAUGGUUACCCCCAAAGACAAUCCAGCGUUGGCCGGGAAGGCUCCCAGGAGAGCUCGCAAAUAAAGUCCCUACCUCCAUUGAGUAUUCUACUGAAUCAGGCAAAGUUCAAAAUUGGGGAUUCAAGUGCGAUCCAGAAGUGAAGGGGUCAGAUAUCAAGGAGUUCUUCAAGCUACACCUUGCGCCUCAGCAUCAAGAUGAAACUCGGGGAGGCCCUACUCGACAGGAGGCCCAACGCUGGUUUCAGGACUACAUCCUGUCCAUAUAUCAACACGUAGUAUCCCACUUCAAUAUUACCGUCCCACAAUUUGGCUCGCGCCAAGUGGAAUUUCUUUUUAGUGUGCCCACGACAUGGAAAGAUGUACGGAUGGUUGAAGAAACACGGGCUAUUCUUGAACGCGUCAUUAACACAAAGACGCCGCGCCACCGCGCUGUUAUAGGUCUCACCGAAGCAGAGGCAGCGGCCGUGUAUGCCGGGAAUGAACAUUAUAUGGUAGAUGAUACCAUUCUUGUCUGUGACGCAGGUGGAGGCACUACGGACGUGAAUGUGCUAAAGCUUAUUUCAACCCGGGGUGAGCCAACUAGACUGGAGCAAUUGGGCCACGUUGAAGGACAACCGAUUGGCUCUGUUUUUAUUGAUAGAAAAAUCCACCACCUCAUUUGCCAAAGGCUGGAAAAGGUCCGUGACCAUUUAGAACUCUCGCCCAGUGAUGCAGCAUGGAUCAUGACUUCAGGACGUUUCCAACGGUUGAAAUGCGCCUUUGGUACAGACGCUAUAUUAACGCCAUGGUUGAAGCUCGACGUUCCAACUUUAGGAACUAUACUGGACUUACCAGAAGCGGAGAUCUACAAUGGUCAAAUGCAUAUUGCAUGGGAAGAGAUCAAGGAUUGUUUUGAUUUGAUGGUUAAUAAAAUGUGUACUCUGCUGGACGGACAUAUCAAGAGAAUGCACGCUAAGUAUCCUGGAGACCAAAUAACGUACCUCGUUCUCUCAGGAGGUUUCGGAAGUUCCCCGUACAUAAGGCAAUGUUUGAUAGACAGGUUCGGUAGUUCAGCCGAGUAUAAGCACCCGAAUGCGGAAGACAUGCAAGUUCUUCUCGCAGAUGAACCGCAACUUGUAGUGGUCCAUGGUCUCGUUCUAGAUCGAAUUCAGCGUAUAAAACGUGGGGUAGUCACAUUUGGGUCAAGAUGUGCCCCUGUAAGUUACGGGAUCAUGUGCGACAAGCUCUAUGACCCGAAUAAACAUGUUGGGGAACCAGUACGUUUGGAUCCCCGAGAUAACAACAUGUUUGCCGUGGAUCAGAUUGACUGGUUGAUAAUUCAGGGCUCCCCAAUCCCAUACACCGGUAUAACAAAAGAGUUUCAGCUCAAGGUAGACCCCGGCCGGGAGAAUGACCACUGGAGGGUACAAAUCGUCAUGUCAACCUUACCCCCUGACAUUCUACCAUACAACAUGAGAGAAAAGGGUGUCCAAAAAGUCUGCUGCCUCGAUAUUUCUGUGGAUGCUGUCGAUAAGAAGCUAAAGAAUCGUCACUGGUACAGCAUGAAGCCUGCAUUUUGGCGAACGGUGUUCGAGGUAAAGGUUGUUGUUGGACCUGCCGACCUGUCUUUCCAGCUAUGGUCCAAAGAUAAGAGGAUUCUAAGCGGUAAACACGAACCAAUUGCUGUGAGCUGGAUGCCUGCACAAGGAUUAGAAGAAUAGAUGCUUGGAUAGCAUACUAGACGCAUGUAUAAUCUAUUCAGCCCAGCAUGUUGAGGAAGGAAUGCAUGUAAUGCAAAUGUACAGUUACAGAUAUAGAACCAAUUAUUUCUCAGCGUACUACCAACAAUGGUCCAUUUGUCAAGUUUGCCAGCUCUAGUCACA